UUCUUUAAUCAUUUCACCACCGGAGAAGAUUGGAAGAAAUCCUUUCUGCAAUAUGAACACAUAUUUAUCUGAGUUUAUGUUUCCCUCACACUCCACCAGUUCUAAUCAACCAUUGCUCUAAAUUCCUCCCCAGACCAUCACAGAAUAGCUGCCAUGUUUCAUUGUUGGCUGCAAAAUUCUUGAUCACAGAGUCUCCAGAUCCACACUCGACCACCGUGAGGAAAUACAGCGAAUCUGGACUCAUCAAAGAAUAUGACAGUGUCCCAAAAUGCUAGUGGCCUCUCCACCAUCUCAUUGGCCCCAUCUUUUCUUCGCUUGAUGUUAGCUGGUCGAAAAAGUGGCUUCCUUUUUGCUGCUCUGCUAUAGUAGCCAAGUUUGUGGAGAUAUCUGACAGCUGUUCUGGGACGGACAUCAGCUUGUUCUGCUAUGUCAGAGGCCUUACAAUGGGGAUUAUCCUCCACACUUCACUUAACAAAGCAAAGGCUCCUGUCAGAGGGCCCUGGUUGACUUGGGCAAGGUGAUGUGGACUCCUUCCUCCUCUGGUGAAUUGUACAAUCACCCUAUUCACUGUAGAAAGCAGGAUCCUAAUUUUACACAAUUUUAUGCUAAGUCCACCUACAAUAUGGCCUCUAUUAAAUUUGGACACUUCCGAGGUUCCUUUUGUAUGUGGUAUGAUUAAACAGUCACAUAUAGUAAAGAAUUAAAGAAAUACGAUUAAACAGUCUCAUAUAGAACCUGAAACAUAAAAAUCAUCAUCAUUGUUUAACGUUUGCUUUCCAUGCUGGCAUGGGUUGGACAGUUUGACUGAGGACUGGCAAGCAAGGAGGCUGCACAAGGCUCAAACCUGAUCUGGCAAGGUUUCUACAGCUGGAUGCCCUUCCUAACGCCAACCACUCUGAGAGUGUAGUGGGUGGUUUUUAUGUGCCACUGGCAUGGGGGCCCUUCAGGUGGCAUUGGCAUCAACCACACCUGAAUGGUGCUUUUUACAUGUCACUGGCAUGGGAGCCAGUCAGGCGGCACUGGCAUUGGCCACGACUAUGAUUUCACUUGACUCAACAGGUUUUCUCAAGCACAGCAUGUUGUCUGAUGAUUGAAGGGUACUUUUAAACAGUCUGAGAAAAUAUAAACCUUUUCAAGUUAAAAUAAACAUAAAACAAUGUCUAUUUACUUCUGUCAUGUUUGUGUAUCUAUAAAUAUAUGUGUGUGUCUAUGUGUCGAUGUUUGUCCUCUGUCCAUUGCUUGAUAACCGAUGAACUCCUACCUGAACACUAAAUCCGUUGCUAUACUCACUGCUGAUUUUCACCUCAGCGACAGCAUCCCCGUACAUGGCUUGGACAGCUCUCACCAGUCCUUCAUCUACCCUUAGCUUCUACGCCAACCACCAGAUGAGACAGAGAGAGACCCUAUCAAAAGCUUUUACCCAUAUUGACAAAUACCAAGAACAGCAGUUUACUUUUCACUCAAUGCUUCCCUUGCAGGUUGUCUUACCAUGAAGACAGCCUCACUAGUUCUUCUCCCUGACACAAAAUCGAACAGCAUCUCAUCUACGCCAAUUCUCUUCCUAAUUACUUAAGCUAUGACACUUCCUCUAACUUUGGUCCACCAAUUUGAUUCCUCAAUAAUUAUCACCGUUGACUAUGAUUCUGCUACAGCAGUUAUUGGCUUACAAUAUCUUCCUGGACAAUCUGUUUAACUAUUUCGGUGACCACACCACGUUUCAUUCCACCACACAUAUAUAUCGUUGUCGUCCUCAUUUAACAUCCACUUUCCAUGCUGGCAUAAUACUUGUCAGUAUGUGUGUGUAUAUAUAUUUUUUUCUUUUACUUGUUUCAAUCAUUUGACUGCAGCCAUGCUGGGGCAUGGGGCCUUCAGCCGAAGAAAUUGAUCCCGGGGAGGUAGCGACGAUAAGAUGUAAGGGAAACAACUCUGCCAAAAUUAAAUUUCUCAUUUACCGGGAACCCUCGGUGGGAACGUAGGUCAAAGCUGGCAACGAUACACCUAGAAAAUAGAAAGGGAUUUCCAGACGCUGUCACAGAUGGGUACUUCUCCAUGGCCCCUUUAUCCUUACCUAUUUAUGAGUGAAGCCCAGCCACUUACAUGAUAAGGUGCAGCGUAUAGCUAUCACAUGAAUACAAGUCAUCCGUCAGCACAUACAUAUAUACACUCACCAACCAAUUCUGAUAGAAGGACAGGAGCGGGCAUCUUGCAGUAAGGGGGUAGAUGGAGAUGGCUACCCCAGCUGGAAAAGAGAGAGAGAGGAAAGGGGGCAGCGAGAGAAGGGGGUGAAGUUGUAGGGGGUGCGUAUAAGUGAAAUGGUACGGAAGACCGGACAGGGUGAUAAACUGAAGAUAGCAGAGUUUGAAGCAGGUUCUUUUAGUUUCUUAAUGUGAACAGGAAGGCCAUCCAGCCAUGGAAACAAUGUCAAAGACACUGAAACAAGAUGCGGUUCUCUCAUCUGUCGGCUCUUGUUGUCCUGUUCAACUGAUGCCUUCAUGGAAAAUGGACGACGAUGCUGAUAAAAUGACUUAUCCGAAGGGGUUAACGCAGAUGUAUAACUUUUUAUGAAAGUUUCCUACAGACUCCUAAAGGCCCUGCAAAACUACAAGAUAUCUGGGGGGGGGGGGACUAGAGUGAUGCAUGGCUUUUAGCUUUACACUGUGGCAAAUGUAAACGACUUUUUAUAGGAAAAGUGAUAAAUGAGGAAAAGAGCUAAGAACUGUACCAAACUGUUAUUCAGAAAACAAAUAAAGGGAAAUAUUUAUUAGGAGAGAGAAGAAAAAAGCUAAAAAUUAUUGAACAUAAUAUGGCAAAAGAUAAAGAAGGCAAAUCUAGGUAUAACACCAACGUUCCAGACACUUAUGGUUCAGAACUUCUUGUAAUCGGUGCUAAUUUACAAAGAGGAACUUCAAAUUCUUGCAACCACCAGACUAGUUUGUUGGUACCUUGCAUAGUACAAUGUUAAUAAAGUUGUAUGAUUUAUACUAAUGUACAGUUACCUGGAUUUCAUUUAAUUAUUUAAUAUUUGUUUAAUUUAGAAUGUGUUGACCUAGGUGACCUCCACCCCAUGUUUGGAAAAAAAUCAGUUAUCUGGAGAGGCUAUGGAAUCAAAAGUUUUAGAAAAUUGAUGUAUCUGUAGGAUAUUGUGCAUAAAAGGAUGAAUUUUUAAACACAUAAACAUGAAAACAUUUCCACGUGUUUUACAAAAUCAAGAACCCAUUGAGAUCCUUCAAUUCUUCUGGGAAAAACUGAAUUACUAAGAAAAUGCUACCUGUAUAGAAAGACCUGGCAUAUGUAGAAUAUAACAAGGAAUUGACCUAACUGUGGUUUAGAGAGUGAAGAAAAAUAUUUAGAGAUUACAAUGGUCAGGAAUAUUAUUGACAGAAAGAGUACAAUUAUGAGUACAAGUGAGGUCGUCUGAAAGAUUUCUUGAGUAAUACUACUUGACAGGGAAGGUGCGUGGAUUACUGGCUAGACUGUCUGGUUCACAAUAAAUCCACUCACCUGGAAAAAAUGAGUUGUACCUGUAAUUCAAAGGGGACCAGCUUCAUCACAUUCUGUGUUAUGCUGAAUCUCCCUGAGAACUAUAUUAAAGGUAUGUGUGUCUGUGGAGUGCUCAGCCACUUGCAUGUUAAUUUCAUAAGCAGGCCAUCCUGUUGAUCAUAACUAAUAGAGAGCCUUAAAUGUGACAAGGUGCAGAGCCCAGGGAGCAGAGAAUAUUUCCAAGUUAAGCCACAUUGAGGGGUCACCACUCCAUUAUGAUAUGAAUGUUGCAGCACAGAAUUGCAAGACAGAUUCUUCAAGCUGAGCCAAACUGACAGCAGACCUAGGGGUAGUCCAAGAAUGAGAUGGUUGGUCGUGUUUGGGAAUCCAGCCAGAUAAAUGACUGCUGCUUCUGACAGGACCCUAUGGAGGAGGUACCCGAGGACUCCACCUGCAUAACCCUUUCAGGUGGAAAAGAUGGGUGGAUGAAAUAGGAAAGGAAGGCUACAAAAUGAGAAAAGGGGAAGCGAAAAUGUAAGAAAUUUGAAAUUUUUUUUUAGAAAAAAAAAUUCAAAACAUUUCUUUUUAAAUGAAACACAAGAAUACGAAAACUUUAAGAACGACCAUAGUGCUGAGGAAUAAAAAUAAAAAGAAUAGACAAUGAACCCUUCCUCAAUUUCUUACCUUUUUCUUUCUUCAUGAGUCUUUUUAAGAAUGUUACUGUUUAUUUGAGAAUAAAUUUCGAACAAGGAAAAACAAAGAUUGUGUGACGUUGAUAUAAAGUUUCGUUUUGGGAUUUGGUUUGCAAGAAUCUUUAUAUGAGUUCGUGUGUUGAAGCAUGUUCUGUUGUGUCAAGGCACUGGAAGAGAAUGACUCCCCCACCGCAGACACAACAUAAUAUAAAGUUUGCUGGAGAAGAACAGAAGUGAGUGAGUGAGAGAGAGAGAGAUAGAUAGAUAGAGAGAGGGGGGGAAGAAAGGUUGGUAAGGGAGAUAAAUCUGGUGUGUAGUAAUAUUUCGCGGGAAAAUGAAUUUCUAGAAAUCAGCUGUAAACAAGCUGAGUGCGAUGAUGCUAGGCCUGUGUUUGUAGAUAGUGUAACAGCUAUAUACUCACGGAGAUGGAUACAUGACAUAUAAUCAAUAUAUAGAAAUACUUUGCUUCCGAAAGAAGUGUGAUUUAAUAACCAAAACACAAACACGAUGUAGGUACUAUCGAUCCUACGACGAUGUAUUUGUAGGUUUCAUAUCUGUUCACUCAUCCCCAAACACACACACACACGCACGUAUACCUACCUUUAUAUAUAAAACUUGGAUUUUAGGAAAUAAGAGUGGAUAAACAGUUACAAAAAUGGAUGAGUUUGAAUUAAUGUACGCCGACGAAAUGCAAGCGAUGGACGAUUUAGAAGUUCCAGAAAUAACAGCCCCUGCUUCCAGGCGUUUCUUAAACUUCAAUUCUGGUGAUACACAGAAAAAUAAAGAAAUUCCUCCAGACAAAGCUUUGAAUUUGAGUUCUGAGUUUACCGAAAUUGAUCCUUUGUCUCCAGAUACGAUAAUUAACGAGCAGCUAAGGAAUGGUCAAUCAAAGCGUGUGCUGGAAUUUCCAUCAGAGGAUGAGAUGGAAGAGAUUUUGGCUUCUGGUGCUGAGCAGUCUGAAAAUGGUAAACAUUGUGAUAUCAAUGGUAAAGCAACUUCACCAAAUAACGCUGUUCCUUCUGCUAAAAGACAGAAACUGAUGCCAGGCACAACGUCUGGAAACUUCGAUGUGGAACCAACGAUUUGGCACGAUGUUCUUGAUGACGACUUUUGCACGGAAACAGAAGCUUUACGACAAAAGACGAGGAAUUCUCAGGAAUAUCAGCAAACACAAAGUCAAGAUGCCAAGAAACAGAGGCAGCGUGUCAGCUUCUCCAUUCCGAAGACCAAUUUCUUCAGUGUCACAUCUUCCGAUGGCACUCGAGCUUACAUGAGGAUGAGGAGCUGCGAGACUCUUGAAGCAGAGGCUACAAGAGUUAUCAACACCAAGAAUUCUCUGCAACUCCUUGAUGAACCAUUCUCACGACUGAUGGAGAAAAUUAAUCUGGAGAAAGCCAUCAAAAUUUCAGAAGAAAUCAAUAAUCUAGACUCAGCUACGGAAGGUGGUUCAGUCGGCAGUGGACAGACACAUACAGAUGCAGAGGGUGUCUCUGGGGAAGAAAUGGAAGCACAAUCAGUACGUGUGGAUGACAUCCACAAUGAAGAGCGACCAACAACAGGAGGGAACGAAGACAAUUUGUGGGUGGACAAAUAUGCCCCAAGGUCUUACGCAGAGCUGCUCAGUGAAGAGAAUAUCAACCGUUCCUUGUUGCAUUGGUUGAAAUUAUGGGACCAUGUUGUGUUUAACAGACCAAUCAAAAUGAACCACAAGAAGGCUGAUGUUAAGACAAAUGUCCACUUUAACAAGAAGAAACAACAGCAAAUGGUCAGCGAAGAAUUGGACAAACAGAAUCGUCCACUUCAGAAGAUUGUUUUGUUAAAUGGUGCCCCUGGUCUGGGCAAGACGACAUUGGCCCACGUCAUUGCUAAACAUGCAGGCUACAAUGUAGUGGAGAUGAAUGCCAGUGACGACCGCAGUGAAGAAGUGGUGAAGACAAAGAUAGAAUCUGCGAUUUUGAUGAAAUCUGUGGUUGAAAGUGACCCGCGGCCCAAUUGUCUUAUCAUUGAUGAAAUAGACGGAGCCCCACAGGCAGCCAUCAAUGUCCUCCUGCAAUUGGCCAAAGAAGGACAAACAGGAAAAAAGAAAGAAAAAGGAUUGUUGCUUCGACCAAUCAUUUGUAUUUGUAAUGACAUGUAUGUGCCAUCGCUCCGACAGCUGCGACCAGUCGCCCUCAUCUUCACCUUUCCUCCUACAGACUCCUCUAGGUUGGCAGGACGACUUUAUCAGGUUUCAAGAUGGGAAACAUUGAAAGCCGAAAUGAAUGCGUUAAUGGCGCUCUGUGAGAAGACCAGCAACGAUAUUCGGUCUUGUCUGAAUACUUUGCAGUUUGUGCAACGCCAGAAGCAAGAAUUCAAUCUACGUCUGGUCAAUAGUAUGCACAUUGGCCAGAAAGACGUCCAACGCAGCUUAUUCAGUGUCUGGUAUGACGUCUUCAGGAUGCCACGGCUCAAGAAGAGUAAAUAUUUGACCGUUCAAGACCUGCAGACUUUGGCCACUAAUGUCCAGCCCAAUACAACACCAACUGCCCGAUUCCAGAACAUUCUACAGUCCACCUAUGCUGCUGGUGAAUUCGACAAGAUAUUACACGGCCUCUUUCAAAAUUACCUCGAAGUCAAGUUUAAGGACCCGAAAAUGGGAGGAAUUAACAUGGCUCUUGAUUGGUUGGGUUUUGUUGAUGAGAUUAACUGCUACAUUCAUUCGAACCAAGAUUAUACGAUGAUGCAGUACCGUCCCUACCUGUGCGUUGUGUUUCACUUCAUGUUUGCCUCAAACACGCACCCCAAAAUACUCUACCCUCAUCAAAACACUGAGAUGUUUUUUAAGAAAACACGUACCGAAAACCUGAUCAGUUCCCUUCUAUCCGACGUCCACCCGUCUGUUCGCAAAUAUCUCCACUUCAGUUCUAUCAUCCAGGAAGUUAUCCACCCUUUAAUGUCCAUCCUUCAGCCGGCCCUCAGACCCGUUAACAUGCAGUUGUACAGCAAUCGGGAAAAGGAAUGCUUGAGGCAACUCAUCAUCACCAUGGUCGCUUAUAACAUGACCUACCAGCAGGAGAAAUCAGCUGAUGGCCAGUACAACUAUGUCUUGGAACCUAACAUUGAAGAGGUUGUCAAGUUCCCUGGGAUGAAACAACAGAAGCAGUUGACUUACGCUACGAAACAAAUGAUUGCUCGGGAGAUUGCAGCAGAGAAGAUGAGGAUGGCUGACAAGUCCUCUUCUGUACAGAUAAGAAAUGAAAACAGUACAACCAUGACGACCACCACCACAACUGGUGUCAUACCAAACCAUAGGCAGAAGUUAGUACCACAAUCAGUCGGCCUCAAGGAGCAUACGGAGCGGGAUUUCUUUGGCCGUAUUAUUAAGCAGUCGGCCCCCUCCUCUCAGGUGGACCCCACUGAUGUUGUUAAAGAAAAGAACCCCCUAAUGAAAGUGAUUUGGUUUCGAUUCAAAGAAGGAUUUUCAAAUGCUGUACGACGCCAAGUGAAAGUGCAGGACUUCUUAUGAAGAUGCUUUGUAUAUACAUGCAGUGCCCCAGCAUGACCACAGCCUCAAAGCCGAAACAUAU